AUGUCUAAACAAUACUCGGGACCUAUUCCCUCGAAGCUUACAUUGCUUGCCGACCUUCAACAGUUUUCACAAGGGGAUAAGGUUCGAUUUCUAGGAUGUGUGACAAGCUAUGACAAGAACUCUGCUCUUCUUAUGUUGGAACACAACUUUCCAGUUAGUAACGGAAUAAAAGCCUAUGUCAACGUCAAACUUCUGCUUGAUAGCUUGAAGUCUCAUGAGACUCGAAUUGGAGAGUGGGUCAACAUCGUGGGUUAUAUAGCAGAUUUAAGGGGCCAACAAGAUACCAAAGAUCGUCUACCAGGGAUUGAAAUAUAUAUUCAAGCAAUUGUCUUAUGGUCAUCUGGUCCCAUACAGCUUGAUGCAUAUGAAAGAAGUCUUAUGCCUCGACAUUGA